GAAACCUCUGUGUUUGCUGAAUGGACUUGAGCACACAGGUUGGCUUUGGCGUGAACCCAGCAUCCCUGCCACAAGGAAUAUAGCUAGGGCUCGCGAACGCACGUCGACAACCGGCCUAUUCCUCAAGCUGCGAUGCAGGCGCGUAUCUCUCAUGCAUGCUCAUGUGAACAUGAAAACUCGAGUGGAACGGGACCAAGUAUUCCGAGGCUGGCAGAACGUCAGCCUGAUCUCCCGGACUCGAAUGUCAGCCAUUGUCUCUACGAGACCCAUUCUGUGCUGGUACACGGCCGACGAGCCUUAGCGGCCGAGCGGCGUCCGCGAUCAAUCGGUGCUGUGAAGGUAAGUUGAACACCGGUGGAGGUUGACAGUCUCAACGCGACCGAGAUCGUUCCCGGUCUGCCAGCCUCCUCCUCUCCGGGAUGGCAUAUAAACCGCCUCGUACGCAGCCAUCUCGUCCUCACCUACUACCAUCAUCUUCGUUCCACACCUUCGUCGCAAGCUCGCCGAUAUCCACAUCCUCACUCUCCACUUCAACCUCAACCUCAACACAUCCACAACACACAUACAUACAUCACCCCCAUCAUGUUCGGUCUACGCGAGUUGUUCAAGUCCCUCUCCAUCUCCCGCACCAUCCAUGUCCCUCACCUGCCCAUCCCUCGUGUCCUCCACCCUUUCUCCUCGUUCCGUCAGCCACCCAGGGACAACGCCGAGACCGCCAACCACACGCGGAUGCGGGCCAUCCGUGCAGAGGGUGGUAUUGUCAAGGAUCUCGAGGAGUCACGGAAGGCGUUCAAGAGAGUCGUGUGUGGUCGUGAAACGGUCAAGGCAGCUGGGGGAGAGUAUGGGAAGGGCAAUGCUGUGUCCACUGGCAGCCCCGCUCCAUCGUACAGGCCGCACCGGGUUCCUCACCGGACUAUCGCUCAGCAGUCUCCUUCGCUCUCGAUUUCUCAAGCGAUGGCCCAACUUCGGAUUCGGCGACAGGAUGGGUUCACGGCGUCGUCGAAGCUCCAGACUGGUUUAAACAACGGACAGGGCCCGAUGGAGGAUAUCAUGCCUGCUCCUCUCGAGGAGGCCAUGGAGGAGAUUUUGCCUGCUCCUCUCGAGGAGUGUAUGGAGAAUAUCGUUGUGGCCCCGCUGGAGGAUGCUAUGGAGGACGUGAUCCCCGCUCCGCUCGAGGAGCAGAUGGAGGAGGUUCUGCCCGCUCCCCUUGUCUAUGCGCACCCUAUGACCCACUUCUACUGGACUCUGGUCAACCAGGCGGCGGUCCCCCCACAGACGCCUCGUAUGAACAGGACUCGGGAUCGCGAGGCGUUCACUCCGGCAUCGCCUCUGGCUGGGAAGAGUCGAGCUUCGCUGUCCCGGAUCGCCGUGCUCCCUCUGACGCCGUUCCCUGAUACGCCGGUCAAGCCUCGGCAUCGGAGACGGCUGAUGUCCGCUGGUAGCCCCUACUGAGGGGCAGCUCGGUCGCCGUCAACGACUUCCCACCUCUGGCCGUCCUGGCCUAGUCUCUCUUUGAUAGAGGACUCGCUGUCUUCGCCGCUCUGAAACCCUGCACGAACAGCUGUAGCUCUCCUCCACCCCGAGGCUGCGCGGCGCAGUGAGGGACGGGCUCUUACUCGACGCUUCCACCUGUCGGCCUGUAUGCUUCGCUGGCUGCGCAUCGCCUCGCGAUCCAACCCCUGUUCCAUGCGUCUGCUCCCUCCGCCUCCACCGUUCGCGCAUGAGA